UUAUAUUGCAUGCCAAAUUAAUUAAGAUGUAAUUAAUGGAGGUUAGAAAUUAUUUUCCUGUUUGUUGCGGAAUGAAUAUUUCCUCGUUUUUAUUUAAUUAAUAAUCGGAACAUUUGCCAUGGUAUCGCAUAGUACGGUGUCCUUGGACACAGAAUUAAGAAAAUUGAGGCCCGCCGAAUUGUACACACUUGGGCAAAUACUGAAUUUAUCGGAUUCAUGGAAAAAAUUAAUGGCAAUCGUUCCAAAGGAAGACGAUUGUAAUGUUCCAAAAUUCAACACUGAGCACUUCAGUAUGAUCGAACAGGCUGCACAGCAGCAAAAGAGGAGUGGAGCAGAAAUAUUUUUAUCCGAAUGGGGAACGAUGGGUAAACGAAGACCGACGCUGCGCGUUUUGUUAGAUCUUCUAGUAAAAGCAGAAUUAUUUAGAGCAGCUGAUUAUUUAGCAGGAGAUAUACUGAAAGAGGAACUUCCAAAGCGACCAAACUGUGGACCAGCAGCACCCGUGAAGAUCUCGGACGAAGUAUUAAGAAAUCUUGUAAGCGAGAGCGAAGAAUUUGGCAAUUUUAGUUUUAACGAAUCGUUGAUACUCGAGCUGCCCUCGGAAGUUUAUAACAACGAAGCAGUUAAUCCUAAUGUAAAGGACAAUAGCUCUUUGGAAAGGAAUAUGCAAUCGACUAAAUUGGUUUCUAACAAAGAGAAACACGAAAAGCAUUUAGAUAAUUUAAACGCGGAGAUGUCUGACUUGAUGAAGUUCAGUAAUGAACAAAGUAAACAACAAGUGUUCGAACCGCAAGAAUUAUCGUCGCGAGAAUUGCCCGUAUUUUUAAACGAAUUCGAACGCAGAGCGGGAGAAGCAAAAUUGAAUCAAGAAGUACUUUCGGAAGAGCUUCCAGUAUUUUUGAAUCAAGAUAGAAUUUCAUCGAGCAAUAAUUCAUCGAAUGAUCGAUCAACGAGUUCUUCGGACUCGUCAAACGUUAAUAAUAACGAAUUGGUUUCCGCUGAGUUGCCUCAGUGUAUCCUUGGACUUCGUGGGAGUGAAUCUAAUUCAGACAAUAAUUGCUCCAUAACAAAUAAUCGGAACCUAGCCCAGAAUAUGCUGAAUACCCAGGAGUUACCGAUUACAGUUGUAGAAUAUAAUAACAAAGUAGGCGCUUUGGAGUUCUUUAAGAUUGCUUUCUAACGUUGCAACCUCGUCGUAUCUGCAAUCGAUACGGGCUUGUUUGAUGUAAGCUUGAAGAUUGCUCAUUUGUUCGAUUAUGGGGUCCAUAGAGGAAGGCAUCAUCGGAGUAACAGUAGAAGGACCCCAUCCUUGUGAAUGUACUAUGGUCGGCUGUUCGAAUACAAUGUAGUUACCAUUAAAAUUAUAGUUUUUUUUUA